AUGCCUAACGGACCUCGUUCUCGCAAUGGAUGCGCCGCAUGCAAGUCGCAACGGUUGAAAUGUAACGAGAAUUGGCCAUCUUGCGGAAGAUGUACUCGUCUAAGUUUGCCCUGCUCCGGUCCAAUUGUCCGGGUGAGAUGGUCGCAUAAACAUCAAACAUCUCAUCGCGACAAUAACGAAUCUCGACAGAAAACGAUGCAGGUGAAUCAGACUGCACAACCUACGAGAACUGGCCCUUCGGAUUUACCAGACCGGCCAGAAGGUACCGCGAGCAAUGAAAGCUUUUCAUCUCUUCGCUCGAUACAUGUGCCAUCUGUCACCGAUGCUUCAGUCAUCAGCCUACAGGAUUCCUUUCCUCCACCCAGAAACGGACAUGACAGUGAUGCCUGGAUCGAAGAAACGUUUUGCGACACAAUGCAUGAGUUUAUACCGUUUGGCCUUGGGCCUAAUACUGCUGCGAUACCGAUCCAGACGCCGACGCUGCUACACGCGGAUGACACAUUUGAUGCAGCACUCGAGACGGCGGAACCGAACUCGAGGGAUCUGCUGCACGGAGAGAGGGGGGAUCUGGCCUCACCCGCGGCAUCACUACAGACCUCGGAGGCCCCUGGCAUGACACGACCGGCUGUUAUUUCUUCACAGGCGCUGCAGGCCUUAGAGAUUCCGCAACCCUACACAUUGUCACAGAUCGAUCCACCGUUCAACGACCACGGUACCUUACUUGUCGAGUACUAUUUUAGAGACACCGCGGCUAUUCUAGCUCUUUUCGACAGCGAGAUGAAUCCAUUUAGAUCUAUUGUUUCUCGUCUAUGGGCGUCAUCCGAGCUCAUCUACUAUACAAUGCAAAGCAUGGCGGCGUCAUUUCUUUCAAACAUCUACCCCCAAUUAUUAGGUACCGGGUCAUUUUUUCGAGGAAAGGCCAUCAGUCUUCUUAAAGGUUUAAAUGACUCUGCCAUUGAUGAGGAAACUUUGGUCGCGAUAUUCAUGAUUGGUGGAACAGCUAGUUGGUUCAACGUCAACGACAUUGGGUUUGAAUACUUCCGACUCCUCAAGAUGCAUGUGCAGAAAAUGACAGCUUCUGAUCGGCUUUCAUCAAGAGGGGAAAGUCAAUCCUUCUUCCAGAAUACCUUGGCUGGCUGGGAAAUGUUUCUCGCGUUUGUGGUAGAUGACGACGACGACCUUUUUCAUGGGGAUGCAAGUGGAGGUUUGGAAAGCAGCUCCUUAUUCCCCAUGGUUCAAAUCCCACAUCCGGUGACUGGUGUCGCUCACGAGAUCCACACUCAUCUGGCAAGAGUUGGCCGAUUGGUUAGAAAAAAUCGUCGACGUGCAAUCUCGAAGCACUUUUACACGCACGACAGCGUUCUGGCGGUAAUGCGCGAGUUGGAUGAAGCAGCAGAAUUGGAAAAGACUCUCACCAGCUUGCAGGUUCCAUUAGAAUCCACCAUAGUGCAGACUGGGGACACACAAACCCCGAAUUGGCAUCUCACGACAUUAGCGGAUCUGUAUCGCCUUGUUGGCCUAAUCCAGUUAUAUCAGGUCUUCCCUGACACGCUCGAAUCGGGGAUGAAGUACCAAAAUUUCCCAUUCGAGGAAAAUGACACGUGGGCCAAGAUUUCUGCCCUUGAAGCGGAGGAGAGGCUGAGACAACUCACUCUGGCGGCUGUCGAUACCCUCCGCUCGAUACCAGCGGAGUCGGGUACAAAGGACUUCCACCCAUUCCUCGUUGUCGCAGUCUGCAGCGGCCUGACUCUUCCCAUGGUCGGGGCGUCGACUUCUACCACGGCGACGGCUGGUUUAGACAACUUCUUGCCAUUGACAGCCGCCCCUGUCCAUCGUGCUAGGGGAUUCUUGAGAAGCCGACUGCAGCUUCUCAUGCAUUCUCUUCCGAAAAUCCCAGUCCAACGGUGUAUUGAUAUAGUUGAGGCUACUUGGGCAGAGUCAGACAAUCGUCAUGCCAAUUCACAGAGCCGGCCGGCGUACUGGAUGGAUGUGAUGAUGCAGAAUAAUUGGGAGACCUUCAUGGCAUGA